GAUCACGUGCUCUGUGAAUAAUAUCGCGCUGCUUCCGCUAUGUACUUCCUUUCCGGCAGCGGCUCAAUCCUCGCCAACAUGCCACUCGCAAAAGACUUGUUGCACCCCAGCCCUGAGGAGGAGAGAAGGAGGCACAAGAAGAAGCGUCUCGUACAGAGCCCUAAUUCCUACUUCAUGGAUGUCAAGUGUCCAGGAUGCUAUAAGAUCACCACAGUCUUUAGCCACGCCCAGACAGUAGUGCUAUGUGUCGGUUGCUCCACUGUGCUGUGUCAACCCACUGGAGGCAAAGCACGUCUCACAGAAGGUAACUUCAUGUUGUGCUGUGAGGUUCUCUGCACUUUAACUUUUGAACCAACAGGUGCAUUUGGGAUGUUCCUUUAGGAGGAAGCAGCAUUAAGCUGUACACUGGAUGCUCCAGUAUGGAGGAAGGGAGAGGGGGGUUGGACUUGCCCUCCACAGACCUCUGAUCACUGAUCCUUCCACUUGAGGGAAAGGACCAGAAGCAAAUGCCUCCACCAUCAGUUGCUUGCAAAUCAGUAAAGAUGGCUCUUCAACCCAGUCUCGCUUUCAAUAAAAUGUUUUGUCAGAA